CCGCAUACGCACUUUUUUUAUUUGACAUCAUUUGGCAGGCUGUCAGGUUGUCAUAUUCGUGUAACCGUGCUUGAGGAAAAUGCUUUUGUUUGACUGUUUCGUGUGUAUGACGCCUUAAGUUGCCGUCUUCAUAGGAAUAUUCGCUACGCAGUGCAUCAUGACCAACUCUCUAUCGAAAUUGAUAGAAAAGUUCGCGGAAACGCAUGGCUUUCCACGAGAGCGACUUUCAAGAGGCAUUGCUGCAGGAAUACUUGCCGCUUAUUUACUUCGUGUCGGGUAUCCGCUUUUCACUCAUGCGGCUAAUUUACUUAAAAAGCGAGCCCAGGAUGCACAGGAUCGGAUUUCGACCACAAGUCCAGAUAAGAAGAAAAAGCUCAAAAACGUCGACAGCUUGUCUGACUUGCAAGCAGUGGCUGUCACCCCGGACGGACCUUUGGCAAGCCUUCGAAAUUUCCCAGCUUUCAACCGCACAUUUUUAGUGCAGUUGUUGAAACUGUUGGGCAUUAUGAUCCCUGGCGUACGUACAAUCGAAGUUGGUCUUCUCAUCCUCCAUACAGUGUCUCUUAUUUCACGGACGUUCCUCUCUAUCUACGUGGCCCGUCUUGAAGGGCAGGUAGUAAAGUUCAUCGUACGCAAAGACAUGUCUCGCUUCGCGCUUCAGUUAUCCAAGUGGCUCCUGGUAGCCAUUCCAGCUACGUUUAUAAACAGCCUCAUCCGCUUCCUCGAAAGCCAGCUGGCACUGGCAUUUCGAACACGAUUGGUGCGGUACGCCUACGGUCUAUACUUCAAAAACCAGACUUAUUACCGGGUGAGCAACCUAGACAGCAGACUAGAGAACGCCGAUCACUGUUUGACUGAAGACAUUACGACGUUUAGUCAGUCUGUAGCACACCUGUACUCACAUAUCACGAAGCCCUUGUUAGAUAUAACUGUUAUUACGUUCACGUUAUUCCGCAUGGCGCACGAAAUGGGAGCGUACGGUGUUCCUGGACCAGCGGUCGCCUUCUGUGCUGUUUGUGUGACAGCGUUGAUCUUGAGAAAAAUGACACCAAAGUUUGGCAAAAUGGUGGCCGAAGAAGCCCGACGGAAAGGCUACCUCAGGUUCAUCCACUCCAGGCUUAUCGCCAAUGCGGAAGAAAUUGCAUUCUACGGUGGUCACAAGGUUGAACUGAGCCUUCUGCAGCGCAGUUACAGAGCGCUAGCAAGGCAAAUGAACCACAUCUUCAAUCAGCGCCUUUGGUACAUUAUGCUGGAGCAAUUUCUUAUGAAGUACAUGUGGAGUGCCACAGGCAUGGUGAUGAUUUCACUGCCCAUUAUGACUGGCAUCACUCCACGCUUUGAUGAAGAGGAUGAGGACUUGUCUGAAGGUGAUGACGGCGUGAGCACUAGAACACAAUUUAUUACAACAGCAAAAAAUAUUCUGAUUGCUGGAGGAGAUGCUACAGAACGUCUGAUGUCAUCUUAUAAAGAGAUAACUGAACUGGCAGGAUACACAGGACGUGUGUCGAAAAUGUUGUCUGUGUUUGAGGAUGUGAGUGAGUCACGCUACAGACGUGCUUUGGCCACCACAGAAGUGUCCGUCAAGAGGGCAUUUGCUAUGAAAGAUAUUUCGUUUAAGGAUGGUAUGCCACUCAUCCGAGGUACUGUGGUAGAUAGGAAUGGUGUCAUCGUACUGGAAAAUGUGCCCAUCAUCACCCCCAAUUGUGACGUGGUGGUACCCAGCCUAACUUUUACCAUGACUCAAGAUAUGCAUCUUCUCAUCACUGGGCCUAAUGGAUGUGGUAAGAGCUCUCUGUUCCGUAUCCUGAGUGGGCUGUGGCCGCUAUAUAGUGGAAAGUUGCAGCGGCCUCCUAGCAAGCAGAUGUUCUACAUACCGCAAAGGCCAUAUAUGCCACUGGGUACACUCCGUGACCAGGUAAUCUAUCCUGACACCGUUGAGGACAUGCACAGGAAGGGAUAUGGAGACCACGACCUUGAAGGCAUACUCAACAUCGUCCAUCUACAGCACAUUAUUACCAGGGAAGGAGGAUGGAAUGCUGUUGGCGACUGGAAGGACAUACUCUCAGGUGGAGAGAAGCAGAGAAUGGGCAUGGCCAGGCUCUUCUAUCACAGGCCCCAGUUUGCUCUCCUUGAUGAGUGUACAAGUGCUGUGUCCAUAGACGUGGAGAGCCAGAUGUAUCAGGCUGCCAAGGAUUACAACAUCUCAUUGCUCACAAUCACACACAGACCAUCAUUAUGGAAGUUCCAUAGCCACCUGCUACAAUUUGAUGGUGAAGGUGGCUGGCGCCUUGAGCCACUGGACACCUCCACCCGGCUCUCUCUCAGGGAGGAGAAGGAGAAUCUUGAAGCUCAACUAACAGGAGUCCCUAGAAUGGAGGAGCGCCUGCGGGAGCUCUGCUCUGUUCUGGGAGAAGACUGUGUACUCCUCUCGGGAUGCCUGAUCAACCGUGCCUCAGCCAAAAGAGAAGAAUUGGCUGCUGCUGAGGGACUUUCUGACUGAGAUGAUGAAAUAGUCAUGUCAAAGGAUUGAGAUAUGUUUUUAGGUUUGGUACUGCUCUGUCUGUUCCUUAUGUCCUUGGAGUCCUUAGAAAAGUAAUGAACUGUAAGUAAUUGGUGCAGCAUACAAGGCAAUGGGAUUCAGCUUACACACACAGGCAGCUUGUACUCAAUCUUAUUCUGAAGUAUUGUAUCCAACUGCAUCCGUUUUUAUUGCCUCAAUUGUGACCGUUCCAAGAGAAACAGAAAAUUACCCAUGUUAUAUCCUACUUCAAAACAUAUUUGCAAUUGUGACCAUGCCUCACUAUUUCUUUCCACAUCUGUGAUAAAUUAUAUGCAAGUUUAGGUGAGCUACAGUGACUUGUGUUAUGUGGCACACAUUAUGCUUUGUGGACACAACAGUAAUUCAGGUACAGUCGAUGUCAGUUUUUUUGUUUAUUUUAAGAGAGAAACCAUCGAAUUAUCUAGCAGUCCAAAUAUUUUGUCAGUGGGAAAAAGUCGAUUGCCCCCGAGUCUUUGUUACAAGCAGGCCUAGAAAACUGUCAUGAAAAUUUUCUGGUAUAGUAUAAACCAGAAUUUUAGCUACGAACCAGCUCGAACGAGACUCUCCACUUACUCUCGACACAGCGUGCCACCUGCAGGCAAGGGCAGCGUAGGGACUGCGGGAGAAGCUUGCGGAAUGCAAGUUUCCUGUAGGUGUGGUAUUGGUGUAGUAUUUUCGCAUAGUUAUCGCUCUUAGUAGCUGUGUUUACAUGAAUGUGACAAAAGUGUGUUGUAUAGACUUUUCGCCACAAAUCCUCUUCCACAGUGCCACGUCCACUAAUCCACUGGUCGGGAUAAGUGCGGGGAGCUGCGAUCACUCGAUAUGAUGCACUUCUGCCGCAUUCAUGGAACUGCCGCUAGUGAACAACAGAUAUUUAUCUGAACUGGACUACACUGUGGUUGACUCUACGAACAACUAAUACUCAUGUUGAUGCACAGUGUUUUACGUAUUCUAGCAAAUGAAACUAUGGUGCGGUAGUUGCACACUUUGUUAUUAAGCACAUUGUUAUAUUAAGUCCGAAGAUCCUUUCACAGCAGCCAAUGCUUUGACCAAUUAAGCUUACCCUAAGCAUCUAUCAUUUAAAUUUCAAGCAAAUUUUAACUCUGGAUCAACAGCUAACUUCCCGGUGUUCUUCGCAAACUGCAAAAUUCCUGUUCCGCAUAGCAUGAACAAAUUUGCGUAAGCAACACCAAAAAUAAAAUUCUGUUUACACUACAGAGCAAGGUUUGCAAGCAUUCCAAAAUCCUUAUCACAAAUUGGCGACAACAAGCCUUUUUCCUUUGUUCCACUCAGUUCUUCGUUCCAUGUAAUUUUGUCGUCUGAUGCCAGAUUUGGUGAAUUGUUGCUGUACCGAAGAGUAUUAUAAGAAAUCAAGGUAUGGGCCUUAUGGGCUAACAACCCGUUCUAUUGGUUCUUGGUCAAAAUCGCGAGUAAAAAACCGCGACAGCUAAAACUAUGAGUCUGAAACCUCGAGAUCCAAAAAUUGCGAUACGCAAUGUGAGCAACAAACAAAUAUCGCGACACCAAAAGCCGCCAGUAGAGGAGAACAGCGACAGGCAAAAAAUGCGACAGCUAAAAGCCGCGACUGCAGCCUAUAUACACGUAUAUGCUAUGCUAUGCUAUGCAUUCCAUGCAUAUUGGCGUUCUGUUUCUUUUUUAUUCCUCACCCUUCAAUCUCUCUCUCUAUCUCUCUUCCUUCCUUUUUGUUUGAAGUUUUCGCUCUGGAAUACCGGCAACAGGACCCUAUAUUCCUCUACAGGCGUAUUCGCCUUGAGAUCGAACAGUGUCGCCAUAGUGCGGCUGCUCCUUGAACUGCCCUUAGUGGGGAUGUGCUGCUUCAGCCGGUGCUUGCGCUGUGGUCAUAGUACUCGAAAACCCGCAUGUCUGUCCGUUCGAGUUUUUCAGAUCUCUUCCAAAUGAGUGAAAAUGACUUCGUGGAGACUUUUUUCAGCUUUUCUAGUUCCCUGCACAAGCGUGCUUAGUAAGGAAGAAAAGAAGAAAGAAGAAAACUACAGAACGGGCACGUUCCAGUAUAGGGAUUCCACUGGGCCUUUGUUAUAUUUGUCACUGUGGUUCUGCGCGUCGAACAAAAUAUACCGAAGGCUAAGGUCAAUGUUGAAACUGGGUUUUAAUCACAAGUAUAACAAUGUUACAGUUAUUUAUGGAAUGGUUUCUGUGCUAGCAGUUCGAUUUUACUUCAUAAUGCCCAGUUAUAUUCGACAUGCGCUAAAACACAAGUUGUAUCAAAUGUAUGAAUAUAUCGAACGCGUGAAAUAUAUGAAUAUAUGCAUGA